GCCUGUGCGCCAUAACUACUGAGCCUGCGCGCUAGAGCCCGCGAGCCACAACUACUGAAGCCCGUGUGCCUAGAGUCCAGGCCCCGCAACAAGAGAAGCCACCCAAUGAGAAGCCUGCACACCGCAACGAAGGGUAGCCUCUGCUCGCCGCAACUAGAGAAAGCCCGUGAGCAGCAAUAAAGACCCAACGCAGCUAUAAAAAUAACGGGCUUAUAAUAAGGAAGGUUUGCGGGGUGAGCUGUUGCUGUAGUGGUUUUGGGAGAGAGGGCCUGCCCCUCACCCAGGUCCACGUGCUGUCUCUGGGGAGAUGGAUGCAGGGUAUGUACAUACACUGGAGGUGUCGGAGGAAGCUCAGGACAAGAAGGCCUUCCCCUCCUCCCAGAAGCGGAUGCUGGAGGCCCCACCCCUGCUGCUGGCAGCUGGCGCCCUUGGCCUGGUGUUGCUGGCGCUGCUGUGGCUGCUGAAGGCCUUGCGACUCUGGGGCCUGUUCAUCAUUGGCUGGAACGAGCUUGUCCUGCACCCCGUCCGCAACCUCCUCAUGGGCAACAGCAAGGAGCAGCGCAUUCUGCACCAUGUGCUGCAGCACGCUGUGGCCGGGGACCCGCAGAGCGUGCUGGACGCCAUCGACGCCUACUGCUCGCAGAAGGAGUGGGCUAUGAACGUGGGCGACAAGAAAGGCCAGAUCGUGGACGCCGUGUUGAGGGAGCAGCGUCCCUCGGUGCUGCUGGAGCUGGGUGCCUACUGUGGCUACUCGGCCGUGCGAAUGGCCCGCCUGCUGCUGCCCGGCGCCCGGCUGCUCACCAUUGAGCUCAACCCUGACUACGCCGCCAUCACCCAGCAGAUGGUGGACUUCGCAGGCCUGCAGGACAGGGUGACCGUUGUCGUCGGGGCAUCCGAGGACAUCAUCCCCCAACUGAAGAAGAAAUAUGACGUGGACACUGUGGACAUGGUCUUCCUCGAUCACUGGAAGGACCGGUACCUGCCAGACAUGCUCCUCCUGGAGGAGUGUGGCCUGCUGCGGAAGGGGACAGUGUUGCUGGCCGACAACGUCAUCUGUCCGGGGACACCAGAGUUCCUGGAGUACGUGCGUGGGAACAGCCGCUUCGAGUGCACGCACUUCAGCUCGUUCCUUGAGUACUCACAGGUGGUGGAUGGCCUGGAGAAGGUCGUCUACAAGGGCCCGGGCAGCCCUGCACAGCCUUGACCGCCCACCCUGCCCCAGCUCCCUGGCCAAGCUGGAUUCUGAAGGGUGUGGUGGCCCUACUCCUAGCUGCCCCGUGUCUGCAAUGUGUGCAUCUGUCCUCAGUGCAACACCCUCAAGGCCUGCGAGGCCCAGGCCUGCCCGCGCUGGCCCCUGCAUGUGGGUCCACCCCAAGCGCUACCAGCUCACCUUGCAAAAUCACUACAGUAAAUCUGGAAAAGUAUCUGACUGUAAAGGCCAGCUCAGGCAGGUGGUGUCCAUGACAGUGUCACACCCCCACCCCCACCCCCACCCCCACCCCCACCCCCCAGCAUUCGUCAGUCUUCUGAUUCAGGAAGUCAGAAGUCAGGGAACUGGGGCUGUGCACUCACACAGCCUGCCCUUGAGGUCUGCCGUCACCAGGUGGCAGCAAUGCCUCAGUGAUGGCACCAUAACCAACAACUCACCCCACACUUCGGACUCCUGAGUUCUUUCACUUCCUUUUUAAGAAUGAAAUGCCACUUCUUUACUAAAAUCAUCUGUUAACAAUCUUAUAUACCAAUAUCAUGUUUAAAUGAUAGUAAAAUAGAAAUUAAAGAUCUAAAUAUUUAGGUAA